AUUGUUUCCAUGCCUCGUGCCUCAGCGGAGCUGUCAAUCACAGCCAUGAUGAAGGAGUGAGUGAUGCAGCAGAGCAGCAGAGGGGACGAGAGGAGCCCGAGCAGAGACUGCAGGCUGGCUGCCUUUGCAGCCAGGAGAGGGGAGGGGAAGAUGCCUUCUCCGUCUUUUACCCUCGAUGCUCAGAUGAGAUUUCAUGACAAAUGGCUGAAGAUAGACUUACAGCGGGCGUUUUCUCCAGAGGGACUGAGUGAGAUGUGGAAUGAAAUGGUAAAAGAUGAGGAGAUAACAUUCAACGGAGAAGAAUCAGCUCACCCAGAAGAUUGUGACUGCUUUGGAACUCAGAAGAAGGAUGAACCCAACGACAAAGAAAAGAAAGAAGAGGAGGAGACGUCAGCAUCUGUACAUCACUCCAUCAUUGAGUCCUGGGACUGGGGGCGGCAACCAGAUGAGACAGAGUUGAAGGAUUGUCUGAUGGUCCUGGUUGACGAUCAACAGAAGCUCUCAGCUGUAAUGGCCAAAAGCACUCUUUCUGCCCAACGCCUGCGCCAGCGCCUGGUCAUCCUAGAGCGCUACCUCAUCUCUCUAAGCCACAGCAUGAUGGAGGAAAAAUAUGAGGUCCGCUGGAAGACGGCCCCCAGCCCACAACUGCCUGCUGCUGACAAUAAGAGCCCUCGUCCGGUCAGUAAAGGCGUUGAGGGCUUGGCCAGAGUCGGCUCCAGGGCAGCUCUCUCUUUUGCUUUUGCUUUCCUGCGUCGGGCCUGGAGAUCAGGAGAUGAUGCAGAUCUUUGCAGUGAGCUUCUCCAGGAGUCUCUGGAUGCCCUGCGAGCUCUGCCAGAGGCCACACUGUUUGAUGAGGGAACUGUGUCAUCAGUGUGGCUGGAGGUUGUUGAGAGAGCCACCAAGUUCCUCAGUGACGUACAUGGAAGUGCCUCCACCAAAGGCAACAUUCCUCUACAGGACCAGCACCUAGUCCUGGCCAUCUUGCUGGAGCUGGCUGUGCAGAGGGGCACUCUCAGUCAGCUGUUGUCUGCUGUUAUGUUACUGCUGCGUCUGUGGGAAAGUGGCACAAGAGAGAUGGACAACGAGCGCUCCACCCAGGGAACCAGUGCUCCUCUACUACCCCUCCUGCAGCGCUUUCAGAACAUACACAGCAGCAAGGAAGAGCCCAUUCCUGAAGAGGAAGCUGAGAUCCUGACUGCCCCUUUAAGUCCAAAUGAGAGUUUCCUGCGCUACUUGACCUUGCCUCAGGAUAAUGACUUAGCCAUUGACCUUCGCCAAACAGCUGUCGUGAUCAUGGCCCACCUGGAUCGCUUGGCUUCUCCUUGCAGCCCUCCACAGUGCAACUCUCCCACGUCACACAAGGGAUCCUUACAGGAGGUGAUUUCCUGGGGCCUGCUGGGGUGGAAGCUUUAUCCCAAUCUGAGUGGACCCAUUCAGUGCAAAGCCCUGUCCAGCCUCGGAGUCACACAAAUCGUUUGUUCAGAGAAGGGCUUUCUCAUCCUGUCCCGCAGCAGUGCUGUCUACACUCAGAACUACAAGAGCACAACCCUGGCUCCUAUGCUGAUCCACUUUCUGAGCUCCAGAAAGAUUGUGAAGCUCGCAGCUCAUCCUGACGGGCAGCACUACUUGGCCCUGUCGGCCAACGGGGAGGUGUUCUCCUGGGGCUGCGGUGAUGGUGGCCGCCUUGGACAUGGAGACACGACGUAUCUUGAAGAGCCUGCAGUGAUCACGGCCUUCAAUGGGAAACAGACAGGAAAGCAUGUGGUCCAUAUCGCUUGCGGAAGCACAUACAGCGCUGCCGUCACGGCUGAUGGCGAGCUCUACACGUGGGGCAGAGGGAACUAUGGUCGACUGGGCCACGGCUCUAGUGAGGAUCAGACUACGCCCAUGCUGGUGACAGCGCUGAAGGGACUGAAGGUAGUGGAUGUGGCAUGUGGAAGUGGAGAUGCACAAACACUUGCUGUGACAGAAAAUGGUCAGGUUUGGUCCUGGGGGGACGGAGACUACGGCAAACUGGGCCGAGGAGGCAGUGACGGCUGCAAGACGCCCAAACUUGUGGAGAAGCUUCAGGACCUGGACAUAGUGAAGGUGUGCUGCGGCAGCCAGUUUUCAGUGGCCCUCACCAAAGAUGGCCAAGUGUACACCUGGGGAAAAGGAGACAAUCAACGUCUUGGUCAUGGCACUGAUGAGCACGUCCGCUACCCAAAGUUGCUCGACAGUUUAGAGGGGAAGAAAGUUGUGGAUGUUGCCGUGGGAUCUACCCACUGCUUAGCCCUGACAGACGAUGGAGAGGUGCACAGUUGGGGCAGCAACGAUAAACUCCAGCACUUUGAUACACUCUUUUCUAACAAGAAGCAGCCCAAGGCGCUGCCGGGGCUCAACUCUAAACACAUCGUGGGGAUCUCCUGUGGCCCAGGACAGAGCUUUGCCUGGUCCUCAUGCUCAGAGUGGUCUGUUGGGCAGCGGGUGCCCUUCGUAGUGGACGUAUGUCCCAUGUCCUUUGAGCAGCUGGACCUGCUCCUGAGGCAGGUCAGCGAGGGAAUGGAUGGCAGCUCAGACUGGCCUCCCCCACAGGAAAAGGAGUGUAUGGUAGUAGCCACACUCAACCUGCUCAGGCUCCAGCUCCAUGCUGCCAUCAGUAACCAGGUCAAUCCAGAGGAGUUGGGAUUAGGGCUUGGCAGUGUGCUGCUCAACAACCUGAAACAAACAGUGGUAGUAUUAGCUAGCAAUGCUGGGGUGCUGAAUACUGUGCAAGCAGCUGCCCAAGCUGUCCUCCAAAGUGGCUGGUCAGUGCUGCUGCCCACUGCAGAGGAAAGAGCGAGGGCAUUAUCCUCACUUCUGCCUAAUGCUGCUUCUGGAAAUGAGAUGAGUGUGAGCGCGGGACGUCGCUUCAUGAUCGACCUGCUGGUCAGUAGCUUAAUGGCUGAUGGAGGGUUGGAAUCUGCACUGAAUGCAGCCAUCACUGCUGAGAUACAGGAUAUUGAAGCAAAGAAGGAGGCUCAGAAAGAGAAGGAGAUCGAUGAGCAGGAGGCCAAUGCCUCCACCAUGCAUCGUUGUCGCACCAUGCUGGACAAAGAUCUCAUCAACACCGGCAUCUACGAGUCAGCAGGGAAACAGAGCCUGCCUCUAGUGCAACUUGUGCAGCAGCUGCUGAGGAACAUUGCUUCCCAGACCAUUGCACGGUUGAAGGAUGUUGCUUGCCGCAUAUCCAACUAUUUAGAGGCAGAGCAUGUCAGCAAGGAACGCUCCGCAUCUCUCGACCUGCUGCUGCGCUUCCAGAGGCUGCUUGUUAGCAAACUCUACCUGGGAGUCAAUGGCACAGAGAAUGUGAAUGGAUACAAUCCAGAGCUUCUCGGUGUUGGUUCCCUGUUAAAGAAAUACAUAGCUCUUUUAUGUACGCACAUUGGAGACAUCCUCCCAGUGGCGACAAGUAUUGCCUCUACUGGUCGCCGCCAUUUUGCUGAAGUCUCUCGUGUUAUUGAGGGAGAUCUAACUGGAGUGCUUUUGCCUGAGUUGGUGGUGUCCAUCGUCCUCCUCCUCACCAUUGAUGCAGGUCUGAUGCAGGAGACUGGUUCUAUCCCUCUCCUUGCUGGACUCCUUGAGCAUGUGGACCGUUUCAAUCACCUGGCUCCAGGACAUGAGAGGGAUGAUAACGAGGAUCUGGCGUGGCCAGGCAUUAUGGGGUCCUUCUUCACAGGUCAAAGUUCCAAGAACAAUGAAGAAGUUUCCCUCAUCCGCAAGGCUGACCUGGAGAAUCACAACAAAGACGGUGGUUUCUGGACAGUAAUAGAUGGAAAGGUCUAUGACAUCAAGGACUUCCAGGCUCAGUCGCAGUCGUUAACAGGAAACAGUAUCCUGGCUCAGUUUGUAGGAGAGGACCCUGUGGUUGCUUUGGAAGCUGCUCUGCAGUUUGAAGACACCAGAGAAUCAAUGCAGGCCUUUUGUGUUGGCCAGUAUAUGGAGCCUAACCAGGAGACAGUCACCACUCCAGACCUCAGCAGUCUGUCCUCCCCUCUUAUUGACACAGAGAGGAACCUGGGAUUGCUACUGGGUCUCCACGCCUCCUACCUGGCCAAGAGCACUCCCCUGUCCCCCAUUGAGAUUGAAUGUGCCAAAUGGCUCCAGUCUUCUAUUUUCUCUGGUGGUCUGCAAACCAGUCAGAUCCACUAUAACUACAAUGAAGAGAAGGAUGAAGACCACUGCACCUCCCUCGGAACAACAACCCCAGACAAAGCCAAACUCUACUCCCGAAGAUUAACCCUCAGUGACCAUGCGCAGCCUUUCCUGCAGGCCAUCGCUGACAACACCACUCAGGACCACACUGUGAAGGACUUCCUAUGCCAAAUUGAACGUUGCUGUAAGCAGUACCAUCUGAUUACACCCAUCACCUUCCCCCCGGAACACCCUGUGGAGGAGGUUGGCCGCCUGCUGCUCUGCUGCCUGCUCAAACAUCAAGACCUCGGUCACAUUGCUCUUUCACUUGUAAGUCAAUGUGCCUUGGGUGUGGACCAAGGGAAACAGAGGUCCCUCCCUAAAUCUGUGAUUGACGUGUGCCGCAUGGUCUACCAGGCAAAGUGUUCUUUAAUCAAGACCCAUCAGGAGCAAGGUCGCUCAUAUAAAGAGGUGUGUGCCCCUGUCAUUGAGCGUCUACGCUUUCUGUUUAAUGAGCUACGUCCAGCCGUAAGCAACGACCUGUCCAUAGUGUCCAAACUGAAGCUGCUGAGCUCUCAGCCCCGCUGGAGGAGGAUCACCCAGAAACUAAUCAGGGACAGAAGGAAAAAAAGAGUGCCUAAGAAGUCAGAGUCUGCUGACAUUGAAGAGCCAAAGCUGGAAAAUGAAGGGACCAAUGAAGAAGAACUUAAUGUUCAUAUCAGCCCCACAACUGCAGAUAGAAAAUCACCCACUACCAAGACAUCCAAGCAAGACAAAUGGCACCCAAUUUUAAACACCGUGGCCAAUGUCCAGAAGUACCGGUGGCUGAAACACAGUGUUGUGGGGGUCUUCUCCCAGUCCAGCCUUAUGGCUACCAUAGUGGAGUUUGUACUGAAAGAAGAGCCUCUGGAUGUAGAGAAGAUGAGGAAGUGCCUUCUUAAACAGCUGGAGAGGGCUGAGGUGAGGCUAGAGGGCAUCGACACCAUGCUGAAGUUGGCCUCCAAAAACUUCUUACUGCCAUCGGUGCAAUAUGCAAUGCUCUGUGGUUGGCAGAGGGUCAUACCAGAAGGGACCAACAUUGGAGAGCCCCUGUCUGACUGUCUGAAGGACGUGGAUCUGAUCCCUCCCUUCAACCGCAUGCUUUUGGAGGUGACCUUUGGCAAGUUGUAUUCCUGGGCCAUCCAGAACGUUCGCAACAUCCUGCUUGAGGCCAGCGCCCGUUUCAAAGAGCUCGGUGUGCAGCCUGUUCCUCUGCAGACCAUCACCAAUGAGAACCCAGCGGGACCAAGUCUCGGCACCAUUCCACAAGCCCGCUUCCUUCUGGCCAUGAUACACAUGCUGUCGCUGAAACACGGCUCCAACAGCCUCAGUCUCUUGCUAAAUUCUGGCAUACUUGCUCUCACCCAGAGCAUCCUUAGGCUCAUAGGACCCAGCACAGACAGCAGUGAGGAGGAUCUGAGUUUAUGUGCACACGGAGGCUCUGCCACAGUACUGGAGGAGUCCAGAAAGGAGGCUGCACCUGCCCCUCUUCCUGCCUCUGGCCCAGAGCUGGCUGCCAUGAUGAAGAUAGGCACCAGGGUCAUGAGGGGAGUGGACUGGAAAUGGGGAGACCAGGACGGUCCAGCACCAGGUCUGGGCAGGGUCAUCGGUGAGCUGGGUGAAGACGGCUGGAUCAGGGUCCAGUGGGACACAAGCAGCACCAACUCCUACAGAAUGGGCAAAGAGGGCAAGUAUGAUCUUAAGUUGGCAGAGCCACCACCCGCUGCCCAGCCCCCCACCGAGGACUCAGAUACAGAGGAUGACACAGAAGGCGAGCUGAUGGAGAAGAGCAGCCACCCGACAGCUAUGAUGCUGACCAGCACUGUCAACCUGCUGAAGACACUGUCUCUUUCAGCUGGGAUCUACGCAGAGGUGCUGCAGACAGAUGCUACACGCACCCUGUGUGGGCUGCUGAGGAUGCUUGUGGAAAGUGGAGCUAAUGAAAAGUCAGGCUGUCACUCCCACAGGUUGGUGUCUCGGGAGCAGCACAGAAGCUGGUGCACACUGGGCUUUAUACGCAGCAUUGCUGUCAUGCCCCAGAUUUGCAGCACGCUCAGCACCUCUGCAUGGAUCAACCUGCUUAUCCGAAUCGUUGAGGGACACCAGUCCUUCAAUGCCAUUACUCUGCAGAGACAGAUCCUGGCACUACGUCUCCUGCAGGCAGUCCUGCCCUCAUGGGAAAAGAUGGAGCGCUCUCAGGACAUGAAGUUCCUGGUGGAGAAGUUGUUCACAUUCUUGGGAACUCUACUGAGCACCUGCUCAUCAGACCUGCCACUUCUUAGAGAGGGUUCCCUGCGAAGGAGGAAGUCCCGCCCUCAGGCAUCUCUUACAGCCACUCACAGCAGUACCCUGGCUGAGGAGAUUGUUGCUGUCCUGCGUACGCUGCACUCUCUAGGCCAGUGGAACAGUCUGAUCAAUGAUUACAUCAACACUCUGCUCAGUGCCAUUGGAGAUGUUAUGGCAGGAUGCCAAUCUGAAGCAUGUUUCCUGGAGGAAUAUUUUCCUGAUUCGGAGGGUCCCAGGGUGGGCAGUCUGAUGGCUGUGCUGGCAGUGAUUGGAGGAAUUGAUGGGCGCCUCAGGCUUGGUGGACAGGUCAUUCACGAGGAGUAUGGAGAGGGAACAGUCACACGCAUCACCCCUAAAGGACGAAUCACUGUGCAGUUUUAUGAGAUGAGGACCUGUCGGGUUUGCUUGCUCAGUCAUCUCAGACCGCUACAUGCAGUAUCCUUCAGUGUGCAGAACCUGCCCUUCACUGAGCCCAUGUUGGCAGUCUGGGCUCAGCUGGUCAGCCUGGCUGGAAGCAAACUGGAGAAACAGCGCAUGAAGAAAUCCCUUAGCCGAGGGCUGACAGCUGACCAGGUGGACAUCCACUUACUACGCUGUCAGCAGCUCAGGCUGUAUAUCUUGAAAGCAGCGCGGGCCCUGCUUUCUCAUCAAGACAAACUUAGACAGAUCCUCUCUCAGCCGGCAGUCGUGGACAUUGGACCCAACCCCAGUGAGGAUCCAGUGGUGUCAUCUCCUGAUGUGGGAGACUUGUCUCCUGAGGGUCCACUGCCUCCACUGAUCCUCCUGCAGCAGCUGCUGUCCGCUGCCACUCAGCCCUCCCCAAUCAAAGCCAUUUUUGACCGACAAGAGAUGGAGGCGGCAGCUCUGGCGGUGUGUCAGUACUUGGCUGUGGAAUCAGCCCACCCAUCUUCUCCCCUGUUUGAGGAGAGCAGCUCCAGUGAGGCCACCACACCUGUCACCAUACAGCAUAUCAAACCUCCUAAACAGAAGAAACAGAAGACGUCCCCUGUCCCUCCAUUACCCAUAGUCCUCCAGCUCAUGGAAAUGGGGUUUCCACGCAAGAACAUUGAGUUUGCAUUGAAGUCUCUGUCUGGAACUACCAGCAGUACCUCUGGUGCACCAGGUGUGGAGGCUCUGGUGAGCUGGCUGCUGGACCAUCCAGACAUUCAUGUCACUGAGCUGUCAGAUGCCGACACUGUGUCAGAUGAGUACUCUGAUGAGGAGGUGCUCGAGGAGCUGGAGGAGGCUGAGCCGACAUUCUCUGUGCCUGCAGGUGCAGUGGUGACUGAAAGCCAGACAUUUAAGAAGAGAUCAGAUUUUCAAAGCAAUGAUGAUUAUGCUGUGUAUGUCAGAGAGAACAUUCAGGUGGGGAUGAUGGUGAAGUGCUGCAGAACGUACGAGGAAGUGUAUGACGGAGAUGUCGGGAAAGUGAUUAAACUGGACAGAGAUGGACUCCAUGACUUAAACGUGCAGUGUGACUGGCAGCAGAAAGGAGGAACGUACUGGGUCCGCUACAUCCACAUCGAACUACUUGGAUUCCCACCACAAACUUCUCCAUCCCAUAUAAAAAUCGGCGACAAAGUGAGGGUGAAACCUACAGUCACAACGCCAAAGUACAAAUGGGGCUCUGUCACUCAUAGGAGUGUGGGAGUUGUGAAAGCUUUCAGUGCCAAUGGAAAGGACGUAAUAGUAGAUUUCCCUCAGCAGUCCCACUGGACUGGCUUGUUGUCUGAGAUGGAGCUUGUGCCCAGCGUUCAUCCAGGAGUGAGGUGUGAUGGCUGUCAGAUGUUCCCAAUAAAUGGGCCCAGGUUCAAAUGUAGGAACUGUGAUGACUUUGACUUCUGUGAAAACUGCUUCAAGACGCGCAAACACAACACCAGACAUUCCUUUGGCAGAAUCAACGAGCCCGGCCAGUCUCCUGCAUUCUGCGGCCGCUCAGGAAAACAGCUCAAGAAGCAUCACAGCUGCCAGCGCGGGAUGCUGAUUGACGAUUGGUCUCGUGCCGUCAAGAGCCUGAACGUCUCCUCCUCAGUUAACCAGGCCUCACGGCUCAUUGACUGCAGUGAUCAGUGCUGGCAGUCCUCCGGCUCGCAGGGAAAGCACUGGAUUCGUCUGGAGCUUUUCCCUGACGUUCUUGUACACAGGCUGAAGAUGAUCGUGGACCCCGCAGACAGCAGCUACAUGCCGUCACUGGUGGUGGUGUCAGGUGGAAGCUCUUUGAACAACUUGAUUGAGCUGAAGACAAUCAACAUCAAUCCCACAGACACCACUGUCCUCCUGCUGAGUGACUGCACUGAGUAUCACAGGUACAUCGAGAUUGCAAUCAAGCAGUGCCGCAGCUCUGGUAUAGACUGCAAGAUUCACGGACUUGGUAUUGUGGGGCGCAUCAGAGCUGAGGAUGAAGACCUUGCCACGGUCCCUUUCCUGGCGUCUGACAAUGAAGAAGAGGAGGAUGACAAAACUGCCACUGGGAGUCUUGCUCGAAAGAAGUCAUCAGGUCUGGAGUCAGCGGCCACCAUCAGGACCAAAGUGUUUGUGUGGGGUCUGAAUGAUAAGGAUCAGCUGGGAGGACUAAAGGGUUCAAAGAUCAAGGUUCCUUCAUUCUCUGAAACCCUUUCUGCUCUCAAUGUGGUACAAGUGGCCGGUGGUUCAAAAAGCCUCUUUGCAGUGACAGUCGAAGGGAAGAUCUUUGCUUGUGGAGAGGCCACUAAUGGCAGGUUGGGCCUGGGUCUCUCCAGUGGGACCAUCCCCAUCCCCCGUCAGAUCACUGCGCUUAGUAACUACGUGGUAAAGAAGGUCGCUGUGCAUUCUGGAGGGCGCCACGCCAUGGCCCUGACUGUGGAUGGAAAAGUGUUCUCCUGGGGAGAGGGAGACGACGGCAAACUGGGACACUUCAGCAGAAUGAACUGUGACAAACCUCGGUUAAUUGAAGCCCUAAAAACCAAGCGCAUCCGUGACAUUGCCUGUGGCAGCUCUCACAGUGCGGCAAUCACCUCCAGUGGGGAGCUAUACAGCUGGGGUUUGGGGGAAUACGGACGCCUUGGACACGGCGACAACACCACCCAGCUGAGACCUAAACUGGUUAAAGUGCUUCUCGGACAUCGUGUGAUCCAGGUGGCUUGUGGGAGCAGGGAUGCCCAAACUCUAGCUCUUACUGAUGAAGGGUUGGUGUUCUCCUGGGGUGAUGGGGACUUUGGAAAGCUCGGUCGCGGAGGCAGCGAGGGCUGCAACAUCCCACAGAACAUAGAGAGGCUGAACGGACAGGGCGUCUGCCAAAUAGAAUGUGGAGCUCAGUUCUCCCUGGCUCUCACCAAAUCUGGAGUGGUGUGGACCUGGGGAAAAGGCGACUAUUUCCGAUUGGGCCACGGCACAGACGUCCAUGUACGGAAGCCCCAGAUGGUGGAAGGACUGAGAGGCAAAAAGAUUGUCCAUGUUGCUGUUGGAGCACUGCAUUGCCUCGCUGUCACAGAAACAGGACAGGUGUAUGCAUGGGGUGACAAUGAUCAUGGGCAGCAGGGGAACGGCACCACUACAGUCAACAGGAAGCCCACCCUGGUUCAGGGUCUAGAGGGACAGAAGAUCACCCGAGUGGCCUGUGGCUCCUCCCACAGUGUGGCCUGGACAACGGUAGACGUGACUACACCCUCUGUUCACGAGCCUGUGCUUUUCCAGACGGCCAGAGACUCCCUUGGAGCUUCCUAUUUAGGUGUCCAGUCAGACAGUGACUCAUCAGCGGUUAGCAACAAGAUGAGCGGUCAGAGCAACGUGAAGCCCAAUCGACCCUCGCUGGCCAAGAUUCUUCUCAGUCUGGAUGGAAACCUGGCCAAACAGCAGGGUCUGUCUCAUGUGCUGUCCGCUCUGCAAAUCAUGUAUGCAAGGGAUGCAGUGGUUGGUGCUCUGAUGCCAGCCUGCAUGAUUCUGCCAUCAGAGUGUCCCUCCAGCUCACCUGUUCCCCCAUCAGACUCCUCGUCCUCAUCAACUGUGAGUGAUGAUGAAGGUCCACCAAUCCCGCCUGACACUGAGGAUCGGAUCAGUCCCAAUCCCUGGCAGGACAAGAAGGGCGAGUUGUAUCCUUGGUUCUGUCCUUGGUGUCCAGGAGGGGAGUCUGUGGACGAUUGCGGCGGAGGCUACAGUGAGUCCAUCGCAGAAAUGUGUGAGGAGCUGCAGAACGCCCUGACUCCGCUGCUCAUUGUCACCCCAAACGGCCGCGACGAGUCAGGCGCCAACAGGGACUGUUUCCUGCUCAACCCCGCCGCCAAGUCCCCUCUUCACAUGAGCAUGUUCCGCUUCCUAGGAGUUCUCCUGGGUAUUGCAAUCAGGACUGGAAGUCCUCUUAGUCUGAAUCUGGCAGAGCCUGUAUGGAAACAGCUGGCAGGCAUGAACCUGACCAUUGCUGACCUCAGUGAGGUUGAUAAGGAUUUUAUUCCCGGCUUGAUGUACAUCCGGGACAACGAAGCCACGGCCGAGGAGUUUGAGGCCAUGACCCUGCCCUUCACGGUGCCCAAUGCCAGCGGCCAAGACAUCCAGCUCAGCUCCAAGUACUCCCACAUCACCCUGGAGAACCGUGCAGAAUAUGUGCGCCUGGCAAUUAACUACAGGCUCCAUGAGUUUGACGAGCAGGUGUCUGCAGUGCGCGAGGGCAUGGCUCGAGUGGUUCCUGUUCCCCUGCUGUCUCUUUUCACCGGCUAUGAGCUGGAAACUAUGGUGUGUGGAAGCCCAGACAUCCCACUCCACCUGCUGAAGUCCGUGGCCACUUACAAAGGGGUGGAGCCAACAGCACCGCUCAUUCAGUGGUUCUGGGAAGUAAUGGAGUCCUUCUCCAACACAGAGAGGUCUCUCUUCCUGAGGUUCGUCUGGGGUCGCACACGUCUGCCUCGCACUAUCGCUGACUUCCGUGGGCGGGAUUUCGUUGUGCAGGUCCUGGAUAAGUACAACCCUCCUGACCACUUCCUGCCAGAGUCCUACACGUGUUUCUUCCUGCUCAAGCUGCCCAGGUACUCCUGUAAACAGGUGCUGGAGGAAAAACUCAAAUAUGCUAUCCACUUCUGCAAGUCUAUCGACACGGACGACUACGCACGCAUCGCACUGUCAGGGGAGCCCGCCGCUGACGACAGCAGCGAAGACUCCGACAACGAGGAUGCCGACUCCUUUGCUUCUGACUCCACCCAGGACUACUUAACUGGACACUGAACUCUGACCUCCAGAAGAACGAGUAGAAGAAGAGCCGCCACAGAGAGACUGCGUUAAUGUCAGCUAAUAACACACACACAUUCAUGUAGGCAUUCUACUAAGACACAAACGUCUGUGGGGGAAAAAUGUGCAAUGAGCUUUAAAAGCAUUAUAAGCUAAAGAGAGGAACAAACACAGGUUUGCUCUGAUUUAGUUUCUUUUAAAAUAUUUGGGGUGGUCAGCUGCACAUGUGAUUGUUGUGUUACAUGGGAAUUAUGUAUAAUAUUACAGUUACACAGUUUAAAGAAAAUAAAAAGGCUCCAGCCUGGCACCGUGGUAGAUUUCUCCCUUUGGUUUAUGUGAAUUACCUGUCCCUAGUUUGUAUAUAGAAAAUUAUGUGUGAAAGAACAGUAAUAUUUCUUUUUAUUUCUUGGUAACAGCCAUGUUUCUUUGUUUAAGUAAAAUAAAAAACAUUUUUAACUUGAAAAAGUCAGCGUUUCUCACUCGGCUCACGUCAGUCGGAGCCCACUGAAGGGUCAUUUUAAGAUUCCUGUAUUCCCCCCUCCCCCACCAUGUUUGUGCACUGUCUCCUUAAAGAAUGUAUAUAAUAUGAUUGUGCCAUGUAUUCACAGAGGGUCUCAUUCCUGCAUAUUACAUGUUCAUACAUUUCUGUUAAUAAAUACAAAAGGAAAAAAGAUUAAAACCUUGAGUAAGUGA